AUGGAAAGAAUGAAGUAUGGAGAAAUCAAGUCUGGGGCGAGAGCAGUAUUAAUGAGUACACUGUUCAACGGGGGUUCAAAACAUUUCGGGAGAGAGGCUUUAGCCAUAAAGACAAAGAAGAUUGUAUCAUGUGAUCUGAUCCCUAAACUGCCUGCUAUUGAUUUUAUCAUUGGUGGUAACAAAUUCACUCUCGAAGGAAAGGAUUACGUAUUGAGGGUAAUUAAUGACAAAAGAUGUAAUAACUUCAUAUGCUAG